AUGCAUCACCGACAAGGUUCCGCUCAAUCGGCGUCCACCCCACUGCCGUCAAUAUCAGAAUGUUUGUUUGGACCGAGUAAGAAAUGCCCCAAGAUGAAACCACCACCCAGAUCAUCGCCCAACUCGAGUCCUAGCAAGCCUCAGUCUCCUCCAUCUAAUGCUGAUGCUAAAGAUGGCGAAAACAACCCCACCAGCCCGGAUAAUUCCGCACAAUACGAUGGCAUGAAUGGCCGAUGGGGUGACACGGGCAAGGAACACAAUAUUGAUUUGGCCAAACUUCGUCGGGUCUGUUCCCAAGGCAUUGCCGACGAAGGAUCUCAUCGCGGCGUGGCCUGGCGUGCGUUACUAGGCUAUUUGGAAAAAGACAACAUCCAUACCAAUUGGCCCAAAUUGGUUCCAGCCAAACGCGAACUUUAUCAGAGUCUAGUGCAACAAUACUUUGAAGGACCGCUGGAACGCGGCAAGGAUUUGCGAGGUCAAUUGUCCAAAUUACUUCGGGAUCGACGACUUCGCAAAAAGUACAACAAAUUAGAGUCUUGGGACAACCCCAAUGCUUCCGGUCAAGAUGGCGGUGGUGGUGGUGGUGACAAUGAUGACUCGGACAGUGUCAUGUCGGAACAAACCAUGGAAUCCAACAUUAUGACAGCGAUGCAAUUCGAUACGGCCACCAAAAUUGCCGAUCGACUCCCCAAACAAUUUCAAGAUGCUUGGAAACGGGUCGGCAUUUUGGAUUUGGAUGUCGGCAAUUCCGAAUUUACCAAUCAGGCCGUCAAUUUGGGAAUCAAUCAAUUGAACAUUUCUCCAACCAUGAAUACCCAAGAAGAAUUUGAGGCAUUUUUGGAAGAUGCUCAAUUGCUCUGCGAGGUCCGCAAGGAUGUGGCCCGGACGCACCCCGAUUUGUUCUUUUAUUUGGAACCCAAGGAUCAUUUGGGAAUGCGACGGUAUGGAGCACUGGAACGAAUAUUAUUCAUUUGGGCCAAAUUGAACAAGGGGGUCCGAUAUGUGCAGGGAAUGAAUGAGAUUAUUGGUACCAUUUACUACGUCUUGGCCAAUGACCACAAUUCGGACUGGGCCAACAAUGCGGAAGCCGAUUCCUAUUAUCUAUUUCAUUCUUUAAUGAUGGACAUGAAAGACGUCUUUGUGCCCGAAAUGGACGACAGUCAUACUGGAAUUCAAAGUCGGAUUGCCAAUUUGCAACGCUUGUUGAAAACUCACGAUCCAGAAGUCUUUGAACAUUUGCAAGAAGUUGGUAUCGAUGCCUCGUUCUUUGCCAUUCGAUGGUUGACUACGCUAUUGUCAAGAGAAUUUUUAUUGCCGGAUACCAUUCGAUUGUGGGAUUCCAUGUUUGCCAGUACACACAAGGAAAACUUUUUGCGAUAUGCUUGUGGUACCAUGGUCAUGAUGAUUCGGGACGAUUUAUUGAAAGGUGACUUUGGAAAAUGUUUGCGAUUGUUGCAAUCCUAUCCACCCGGAGAUGUGGAUGCCAUUUUGGAAACCUCCCGGAGUUUGUACAUUUACGAAAGUCAAAUCACGCUCGUGUGUCAACGAGCCGGAGUUUCACUCCAUCAAGCCUUGCAAACCAUCAGUCCGCCACCAAGUAUCAUCAUGGCCUUUGGCAUGAGAGGAGGGUUGGCACCCAGAAUUAGCAUGGCUUCGGCAACGUCACCAGGCUCAGCAACCACAGCUGCAGCACCACCUCAGGGAGGCUUGUUUGGUCGGGUCAAGAACCUUUGGAACAAGAAUGUGAGUAGUCAAGAAGUACACGCUCCCAUUAUGGCAAGUGAUUCCGGUGGCAGUCAAGACAAGAACCAUGACGAGGAGGCCACUUCGGUUGUCACCACCACCACGGCCAUGACGGCAGCGACCGAAGCUACUGGAUCGACGGCCGCUUCCAGUACUGUCCCACCGGUUUCCCGCAUUUGGAAUCAUUAUCAGACGUCUGGAACCACCACAACGACAAAUGAUGAGACAACAACAACAACAACGACACCACCGAUACCACCAAUGCGUCGUCCCAUUUGGAACCGAGGUCGUAGUGCCGGAAGUGCUGGUACCGGGAAUAGUAGCAACAACAAUAAUUAUGAACCAGCAGCAAGAAGUCGGACCGAAUCGUCGGAUGCUGCUGUGACUGGCACUGCUACGACACGACGCAACAAGUUUUGGAAACAAAUGUCAGCGGGUACCGAUGGAUGA